CAACCUUUUUUUUUAGUAUUUUGUUAAUCGCACACUGUGUUUCAUAAACAAUGUUAUAACUAUUAAUAUAUACUUAAAUACUAUUAAUUAAUGUAUUUGGGAUCAUGGAUCACACCUGUUGAGGAAUGGUUGACAGCAAAGAUACUUUUUGGAUGGAUAAACUUCAUUAUAAAUAUUUAUAAGAAAAUUUUUUUAAAAAAAUGAAAUUAAUUGAGUUUUUUUUUCUAAGUUAAAAUUAAUUUCUAUAUUUAUUUUAUUUAAAUUUUCAAAAAAAAAGUAUUACAUAAUUAAUUUUAAUUUUAAAAAACUCAUUAUUUUAUCUUCGUAUUUUAAUCUCGUAUAAAUAUACAUUUUUAUUAAAUAAUUUAUACAAACAUGACCUAAAUCUUAAAAAACAAAUACUCGAGUUUUGAGGUAGUGUUUAAUUUUUUUUGAACAAAUCUGAGGUAUUGAUUAAUAAACAUUAGGCAUAUCUUCUUAUUCCGUGGUUGAUCUUGAUCAGCAUUGUUUGACAGCAAAAAAAAAAUAGUAAGUUUUGGUCUUUGAGGUAUUGAUUAAUAAAUAAACAAUUAACAUAUAUUUAUAAAUAUUUUAAUUAUUUAAAAUGAUUUUAUUAAUUACUGUCAGAUAAUGGUUAAAGAUAAAAAGAAAAUGUAAAUUUUUGUUUCUUAAUAUAUCUACUUGGAAAGAUGAUACAUGGUCAAUAAUAAAAUUAAUAUAUUUAUAUAUUUUAAAAAUAUUUUGAACUUCUUUUCCCAAGUUGGAUUUAUCAUGUUAAUAAUUUUACUCAUAGGAAUAAUUAAAUUUUUUAUUUUUACAUUAAAAAAAUUAACAAGUUUUUUUUCUUGAAUAAUAUUGUAAUGUUCUUCAUUGUCUUUAAUCGCAAAGUCUAACCACCAUCCAUAUCCAUUGAUCAAACAGUAUCAUGUUUUUUUGCAUAAAUUCCAACCUAGCUAGCUAUCAUGACUUUGUAAUAUGUUACUCUCUUUUACAUGAAAAUGCAGUCAGAAAUCAAUUUUUUAGGAAGGAUUUCUCAUCCAAACCUGGUCAAGCUUUUGGGCUAUUGUUGUGACGAUGUUGAAUUUCUUCUUGUGUACGAGUUCAUGCCAAAGGGAAGCUUGGAGAAUCACCUUUUUAGAAGAAAUACUAAUACAGAACCACUCUCUUGGAACACUCGACUGAAAAUAGUUAUUGGUGCUGCUCGUGGCUUGGCUUUCUUACAUACCUCAGAAAAACAAAUCAUAUACAGAGAUUUCAAAGCAUCAAAUAUACUACUUGAUGAGGAUUACAAUGCAAAAAUCUCAGAUUUUGGCUUGGCCAAAUUGGGCCCUUCUGCGGGAAAUUCACAUGUGACUACUCGGAUCAUGGGCACAUAUGGCUAUGCUGCUCCAGAAUACAUUGCAACAGGACACUUGUAUGUGAAGAGUGAUGUGUAUGGUUUUGGUGUAGUGCUACUUGAAAUGCUGACAGGUUUGCGUGCACUUGAUAAAAAUCGGCCCAUAGAGCAACAGAACCUAGUUGAAUGGGCAAAGCCUUCUCUCUCUAAUAAAAGAAAGUUGAAAAGCAUUGUGGAUGAGAGGAUAGAGGGUCAGUAUUCAGCUAAAGAAGCAUGGAAAAUGGCACAACUUACUCUAAAAUGCCUUGAACGUAAUCAUAGAAAACGUCCUCAUAUGAAAGAUGUUGUCGAGACAUUGGAAUGCAUCCAGGCUAUCAAAGAUAAAAGGAAGUAAUUCAAGAAACAUUGCACUAACUUUGCACAAUUUCCAAUAGUCAAAAAAACUUGGUUGAAUAUGACAAAGAUGUUGCAUCAACAUGUGUAGCUAGCAAACUAGUCUGAAUCCAAAGUUCAGUGUAUAACUAACUUGAUUUACAGUUAGUGUAAGUAGUUAGAUAUGUUACUGCUUGAGGAUUAAUUUGUUAUAUUUGAGUAGGUGUACCAUUGUCUCAUUCUAGCUUAGUUUUAGUUUCCUAUUCUAUAAAUACAUGUAAUUCUUUUCAUAUAUACUAAUACAAUGAGUUACUUGAAUUU